AUGCAUUGUCCCCUAUGCAGAUAUGGCCAAGCACGUGAAAGCAAGGAAGAAGAAGAGGCUGAAGAAGUAUCGAAAUACGAAGUGGAAGAUUAUAGUGGAGAUGAGGCGGUUGAUGCAAUGUUUAGAAUUGAAGGGCAAGACCGUGCAAUGACUUGGUUAAACCUCAAUCAAUUUCAUCGCCUCUUCAUUCCUUCUUCUUUAGAUGAAUAA